GCAAUAUGGAUACGGUGCGUCCAGUCAGCCGGAAAUCAAAACGAAGAAGAAGAAGAGUUCCGGUGUCAGACGACUGUCAGACGCCGUUCAUCGAGACCAGAUUUUGCACCAUAAGGGAGGAUGGCCGGGACCGUGACAAAUCCAUUCCAGCACAUUGUGGACCUUCUGGAUCCCAAAAUUGCAAAUCAGAUGUUCUACAACCUCUCCAAACUGGAAGAUCCUCGAUAUAACCGCUUGCCAUUCUCCAUUCGGAUUCUCUUGGAGUCCGCCGUCAGGAACUGCGAUGGCUUUCUGGUGAAGAAGUCCGAUGUGGAGAAUAUCCUCAACUGGAAGCAGACACAGACGCAGACGGUGGAGAUCCCAUUCAUGCCGGCACGUGUGAUACUGCAGGACUUCACCGGAGUACCUGCCGUGGUGGACUUUGCCGCCAUGCGUGACGCUGUGAUUAAACUGGGUGGCAACCCAGAGAAGAUUAACCCUGUCUGCCCUGCUGACCUUGUCAUCGACCAUUCCGUUCAAGUGGACUUUAACAAAAAGUCUGAUAGCCUUCAAAAAAACCAGAACUUGGAGUUUGAACGCAACAAAGAGAGAUUCCAGUUCCUUAAGUGGGGCUCCCAAGCCUUCAGGAACAUGCGUAUCAUUCCGCCCGGUUCCGGAAUUGUUCACCAGGUCAACUUGGAGUACUUGGCCCAAGUGGUGUUCAACCUCAAUGGGUAUUUUUACCCGGAUAGCCUAGUGGGCACAGAUUCCCAUACCACCAUGAUCGACGGCCUUGGUGUUCUGGGUUGGGGUGUGGGUGGAAUCGAAGCAGAGGCAGUGAUGCUUGGUCAACCAAUCAGUAUGGUUCUACCUGAGGUCGUUGGAUAUAAGUUGCAUGGAACCCCGGAAAAGUUCAUUACUUCUACAGACAUUGUCCUCACCGUCACAAAGCACCUGCGCGAAGUGGGCGUGGUGGGAAAGUUUGUGGAAUUUUUCGGGCCGAGCGUGGAGAAGUUGUCCAUCGCAGACAGAGCAACCAUCUCCAACAUGUGUCCAGAGUACGGAGCGACUGCUGCAUUCUUUCCGGUAGAUAACGUGAGCAUCGAGUACCUCAAGCAGACAGGGCGAGAACCAGAAAAGCUGUCCUACAUCUCAAAGUAUUUGAAGGCAGUGUCUAUGUUCCGAGAUUACAGUAAUGUCGCGCAAGAUCCGGAUUUCAGUCAGGUUGUGGAGUUGGACCUUGGCACUGUGGUUCCCUGCUGCAGUGGCCCAAAAAGACCUCAGGACAGAAUUGCUCUUUCAGACAUGAGAAAAGACUUUGAAACCUGCCUGGCAGCAAAGCAAGGUUUCAAGGGUUUUGCCAUAUCCUCGGACUCCCAAAGCACAACGGUUCCUUUCCAGUUCAACGGCAAAGAGUACACAUUGAGUCACGGCUCUGUGGUCAUUGCGGCUAUCACCAGCUGCACAAACACCAGCAACCCGUCUGUCAUGCUUGGAGCAGGACUCCUGGCUAAAAAGGCAAUAGAGAAUGGGUUAAGUGUGAAGCCUUACAUAAAGACGAGUCUUUCACCCGGCAGUGGAGUGGUAACGUCCUACCUAAAGGAGAGUGGUGUAAUGGACUACCUCUUUCAAUUGGGCUUUGAGGUAGUCGGCUACGGUUGCAUGACAUGUAUAGGAAACAGUGGCCCUCUCCCUGAGCCAGUUGUGGAGGCCAUCACCCAGGGAGAUUUGGUUGCUGCAGGUGUUCUCUCGGGCAACCGCAACUUUGAGGGACGCGUUCACCCCAACACCAGAGCCAACUACCUCGCGUCGCCUCCACUCGUCAUUGCUUAUGCAAUAGCCGGGACUGUUAAGAUCGACUUUGAGACAGAACCUAUCGGAAUUAACGCCGAAGGUAGAGAGAUCUUUCUGAGGGAUAUUUGGCCCACACGAGAGGAGAUCCAGCAUGAAGAGAAAAAAGUUGUCAUUCCUUCCAUGUUUAGAGAGGUCUACCAGAAAAUCGAGAAAGUGAACGAACGCUGGAACUCGUUGGUGGCACCAUCUGACAAUCUAUAUCCCUGGGACCCGACCUCGACUUACAUUAAGUCCCCGCCCUUCUUUGACAACUUGACCAUGCAGUUAAACCCUCCUAAGUCCAUAAACGGUGCCUACGUGCUGCUAAACUUUGGCGAUUCAGUCACCACGGACCAUAUUUCCCCUGCCGGUAACAUCACAAGAAACAGUGCUGCUGCGCGAUACCUGACAAGCAGAGGUGUCACCCCACGUGACUUCAACUCAUAUGGGUCCCGUCGAGGAAACGACGCUGUCAUGGCCAGGGGAACCUUUGCCAACAUCCGUCUGUUCAACAAAUUCCUCAACAAGCAGGCGCCACAAACGGUUUACCUGCCAACCGGAGAAACAAUGGAUGUGUUUGACGCAGCGGACCGAUACAGCCAGUUGGGAGUUCCUCUAAUGAUUCUUACCGGGAAGGAGUAUGGUUCCGGAAGCUCAAGAGACUGGGCAGCCAAAGGUCCAUUAUUACUGGGCAUAAAGGCAGUUCUUGCCGAGAGCUACGAGCGCAUUCACCGGAGUAAUCUGGUGGGGAUGGGAAUCAUCCCGCUGGAGUAUUUACCGGGAGACACCGCCGACAGUCUGGGCUUGACUGGAAGAGAGCGCUACAGCGUGGCCAUACCCGAGCAGAUCACCACUAGGAUGAUCGUCGUCGUGACGCUCGACACGGGGAAAACAUUCCAGGUACGAAUGAGGUUCGACACGGAUGUGGAAGUGGCCUAUUUCCACCACGGGGGGAUCCUGAACUACAUGAUCCGCAAGAUGUCGGAAUGAGAGCAAGUGCAUGCAUGUGUUGGGGGGAAAAAAGAAUCCACCAAAUUUUAACUAAAAAAUGUGUAGUUCCAUUAAAUCGUGCCUUCUCCUCCUAAAUCCUCACACAAAAGAAAGGUGAAUUCUUGAUAGACGUUCUUUCGUUUAUUACCAAAGCCUUCGACUUCCCCGGAUUCCGCAGAAGACUCCUAAAUUCUCUGGUCUCCCGGCUGAAGUUGGCUUGAUGCAUCAGCGGGUGGGUCGACAAAGGCUAAACAAUUCACAGGAAAAUGUACAAAACCCAACACCAGUGAAGUAAAUAAAAACAGAAUCCAAUUAUUUGAAAAUUAUUUUCAACCUAUAUUCAAUUGAAUAGACUACAAAGACAAGAUACUUAACGUUCGAACUGGAAAACUUUGUUAAUUUUUGCCAAUAUUAGCUCAUUUGGAAUUUGAUGCCUGUAACAUGUUUCAAAAAAGGUGGCACAAGCGCCAAAAAAGACUAAGAAAUGCUCAUCAAGCACUUAUUUGGAACAUCCCACAGGUGAACAGGCUCAUUGUGAACAGGUGGGUGCCAUGAUUAGGUAUAAAAGCAGCUUCCGUGAAAUGCUCAGUCAUUCACAAACAAGGACGGGGCGAGGGUCACCACUUUGUGAACUAAUGCGUGAGCAAAUUGUCGAACAGUUUAUGAACAACAUUUCUCAACCAGCUAUUGCAAGGAUUUUAGGGAUUUCACCAUCAAAAGGUUCAGAGAAGCUGGAGAAGAAUCGGAAUCAGAAAUAUUUAAAUAAUCCCUGAGGAGAAAUUAACAAUCAGUCAACUCUAAGGCCGAGAACCAAAACUGCAUCAAAAAGCGACAUCAGUGUAUAAAGGAUAUCACCACAUGGGCUCAGGAACACUUCAGAAAACCGCAGUCAGUAACUACAGUUUGUUGAUACAUCUGUAAGUGCGAGUUAAAACUCUACUAUGCAAAGCGGAGGCCAUUUAUCAACAACACCCAGACUCACUGGGCCCGAGCUCAUCUAAGAUGGACUGAUGCAAAGUGGAAAAGUGUUCUGUGGUCUGACGAUUCCAAGUUUCAAAUUGUUUUUGGAAACUUUGGACGUCCAUUUCUCCGGACCGAAGAGGAAAAGAAUCAUCCGGACUGUUAUAGGCGCAAAGUUCAAAAGCCAGCAUCUGUGAUGACAUGGGUAACUUAUACAUCUGUGAAGGCACCGUUAAUGCUGAAAGGUACAUACAGGUUUUGGUGCAACAUAUGUUGCCAUUUGAGCAGCGUCUUUUUCAAGGACGCCCCUGCUUAUUUCAGCAAGACAAUGCCUCGUGUUACAACAGCGUGACUUCAUAGUAAAAGAGUGCGUGUACUAAACUGCUUUGUUUGUAGUCCAGACCUGUCUCCCAUUGAACAUGUUGUGGCGCAAUAUGAAGCCUAAAAUACCACAACGGAGACCCCGGACUGUUGAACAACUUAAGCUGUUCAUCAAAAAUGUGUCUCCUCAGUUCCCAAACGUUUACUGAGUGUUGUUAAAAGGAAAGGCCAUGUAACACAGUGGUAAAAAUGCCCGUGUACCAACUUUUUUGCAAUGUGUUGCUGCCAUUAAAUUCCAAGUUAAUAAUUAUUUGGCAAAAAAAAAAAAAUACGUUUCUCAGUUCGAACAUUAACUAUUUUUGCAGUCUAUUCAAUUGAAUAUAAGUGGAAAAUAAUUUUGCAAAUCAUUGUAUUCUGUUUUUAUUUACCAUUUACUAGGGGUGUAACGGUACAUGUAUUUGUAUUGAACCGAUUCGGUACGGAGGUUUCGGUUCGGUUCGGAGGUGUACCGAACGACACGGACAUAUUAAGUAGCCCACCUUUUGUAAACAAUGCACACCGAUUCACUAGUGGUGCAACGGAUCAACAUUGAUCUGUGAUCCGUUCGGAUCAAUAUCUUCGGUUCGGCACACACGUGAUCCGCGGUCUGAUGUAUGAAAAAAAAAAAAAAAAGUUGUUCGCACAGCGUGGUAAAGGCGAGCGCAGUAACGGAGGAACUUGAACGGUGUGUUUAUAGGUGCAGACUCCAUUGUGCAAAACGAGGGUUUUAAACACAUGCUGAAGGUGCUUCCGCCACAUUACGACAUCCCGUCAUGCACCAAUUACAGCGAUAAGAUUGUGCCAGAUUUUUAUGAGCAAGAGAAGAAAACAUUUGUGGACGAACUAUCCCGAGCGUCUUCUGUUGCGCUCACGUCAGAAGGGUGGAGGUCCACGGGAACUAUGUGACCAUUAGAGCUCAUCUCAUCACAGCAGAGUGGGAGAUGAAACUACGAGAGUCACCUUGUGCAGGUACUGACACAAGCAGUGGAGGAAAGGAGAAAUCCCUUUUUAUAUGGCACUGUUUUUCAUUAAUUAUGUUAAAAAGAAGAUAUUAUGCCUCGUGCAUUUGAAGUAGAUUUUAUAUAUUUUAAUUUAAUAAUUUAAAAGUGUUACAAAACAAAACGGCAAAACUUCUGUUUAUUUGUCUUGUCUUUUUUUUUUUUUUCCUGAUCCGAAAAAAAUUAUCCAAUCUGGGAGUUUUUUGAUCCGUUGCACCCCUACGAGGCACCAUGAAAUGAUUUACGUGGACCCCGACUUACAACAGGUUGAAAUACUUUUUUGGGGUGUUACCAUUUAGUGGUCAAUUGUAUGGAAUAUGUACUGUACUGCAGUGGUCCCCAACCACCGGGCCGCGGACCGGUACCGGGCCGUGGCCCGAUUGGUACCAGGCCGCAGAAUAAUUUUUUAUUAAUUUUUAUUUAAAGAAAAAAAUAAUAAUAAUAUUUUUAUUUUUUUUAAUUAAUCAACAUAAAAACACAAUAUUCACUUACAAUUAGUGCACCAACCACAAAAACCUCCCCUUUUCAUGACAAAAACGUCCCUUUUUCAUGACAAAAAAAAAAAAAGGACACCCCAGCCACACCCCACCCGUGCCGCGGGACAAAGUAUUAAGCGUUGACCGGUCCGCGGAUACAAAAAGGUUGGGGACCACUGCUGUACUGUGCAAUCUACUAAUAAAAGUUUCAAUCAAUCAAAAAAACAACAACACAUGGCAUGCUAGCAACGACUGGGCUAUGAUAGACUGACCAUACCUCCUCUUUUCUCCGGCUAUGUCCUCUUUUGCGGGGCUGUCCGGGUGGAGUUUCUUAAAUGCCUCAAAUGUCCGGCAUUUUAAGUUAGGGUUGCAUGUAUUUUCAAUGUACGUUCAAGGUUAAGAAGGGGUUCAAAACAAGACAAUUUGUGCACACAGCAGCAUUCGUGACGGAGGGACAGAGACAGAGCGAGAGAGUUAUGAUAAAGUUGCAACGUUGUCUAAUUAAACAAAGCUGUUUUUUUUUCUUUCAGUCAUUGCUCAAAACAUAAUAUUGAAUCAAAAUCAAUGUUAUUAUGAAUUAUUGACCUAUCCAAGUUUCCGAUUACUUCACAUCAAAAUAUUUUUGGUGGAAGAUUUAGCAAAUAUGUUAAAUAAAUAAUCAAAAAAUUUAUAUUUUGUUUUUUUCUUACUGUACCGAAAAUGAACCGAACCGUGACAUCUGAACCGAGGUACGUACCAAACCGAAAUUUUUGUGUACCCUUACACCCCUACCAUUUACACAACGUGCCAACUUCACUGGUUUUGGGUUUUCUAUGACAGCCUGACAUCCAUAUUCCCAUGUUAAGUCAUUAUGAGAUAAAAAGUUAUAUUUUAAAUUAUUAGAUAACAUGUAUUUUAUGAGAUUAAAAAUAGAUAUGACGAGGGGCAAAAUGCCUUCAUUGCUUUCACUUCACUGUUCAGGAUUGCAUAGCCAUGUGUAUAAUCACGCAAUGUCGUCAUUUGAUCCCAUAAUUACGACUUAGUCUGCGACAAAAAACUGCUUAUAUUGUAAGUUGCAAAAAUGAACAGUAUUACCAUUCUAAUGCAUGCAUUCUGCACACUGCAGCGUGGAUACCUCUUUAAAGAACAGAGUAGCGGUUGGAAUUAUACAAUUGAUCAUAUAAAUUUAGGAGCAUCGUGAGACUAGAGGCAAUAGGAUUUUUCGUAGUAGGAUUGUAGUUCUUGAUGGAGGUUUCUAAUCGUCUUCAAAUAUGUGUUCACUGUACGUUAUUAGCUUUUUGUGUUCGGAAUGCAUUUUCAAUAUGAAACUAAUAAUAUAUAUAUGUAAUAAAACUCAUGAGCCGCUGCCUUCCAUACCGUCGAUUAUAACAUUCUAUUAGUGCGUAUCAAGACACGUAUUGGUAUGUCAGACUUAGCCUCGUCUUGGUUUAACGCCUAUCUUAGUGACAGGAUGCAGCGCUUCUCCCAAAACAAUGUGACAUCGGACUAUGUUAAAGUUACGUGCGGAGUUCCCUGGGGUCCGGUCCUUGGCCCUGCACUCUUCAGCAUCUACGUGCCGCCGCUUGGUGACAUCAUAUGCUGAUGGCGCACAACUCUACAUGCCCCUAAUGGUGACCAACACGCCGGAUUGUAGUCACCUGGAGGCGUGUCUUAAUGAAAUUAAACACUGGAUGUCCAGCAACUUUUUGCAUCUUAAUACUAACAAAAAGGAAACAUGCUGAUUAUCGGUCCUGCUAGACACCAACACCUGUUUAAUAAUACCACCCUAACAUUUGACAACCUAACAAUUAUACACCUAUUUAAUAAUACCACCUUUAUAUUUAAAGACAAAACAAUUCUACACAUAUUUAAUAACCAAACAUUUAUACGCUUAUUUAAUAAUACCACCUUUACAUUUUAAAACCAAACAAUUACGCACCUAUUUAAUAUUACCACCUUAACAUUUGACAUCCAAACAAUUAUACACCUAUUUAAUAAUACCACCUUAACAUUUGACAUCCAAACAAUUACACACCUAUUUAAUAAUACCACCUUAACAUUUGACAACCAAACCACUAUACACUUAUUUAAUAAUACCACCUUUAUAUUUUAAAACCAAACAAUUAUACACCUAUUUAAUUAUACCACCUUAACAUUUGACAACAAAACCAUUAUACACCUAUUUAAUAAUACCACCUUAACACUAGAAAUCCAAACAAUUACACACUUAUUUAAUAAUACCACCUUAAUAUUUGACAACCAAACCACUAUACACUUAUUUAAUAAUACCACCUUUAUAUUUUAAAACCAAACAAUUAUACACCUAUUUAAUAAUACCACCUUAACAUUUGACAACAAAACCAUUUUACACCUAUUUAAUAAUACCACCUUAAUAUUUGACAACCAAACAAUUAUACAUUUAUUUAAUAAUACCACCUUAAUAUUUGACAACCAAACAAUUAUACACCCAUGUAAUAACACCACAUUAACAUUUGAAAUCAAAACAAUUAUACACCUAUUUAAUAAUACCAACUUAACAUUUGACAACAAAAUAAUUAUACUCUUAUUUUAUAGCACCUUUACAUUUGACAACAAAACAAUUAUACACUUAUUUAAUAAUACCACCUUAACAUUUGAAAUCAAAACAAUCAUACACCUAUUUAAUAAUGCCACCUUAAUAUUUGACAACCAAACAAUUAUACAUUUAUUUAAUAGUACCACCUUAAUAUUUGACAACCAAACAAUUAUACACCUAUGUAAUAACACCAACUUAACAUUUGACAACAAAAUAAUUAUACUCUUAUGUAAUAGCAUCUUUACAUUUCACAACAAAACAAUUAUACACUCAUUUAAUGAUACCACCUUCACAUUUGACAACUAAAUACUUAUACUCUUAUUUAAUAGCACCUUUAAAUUUGACAACAAACAAUUAUACACUUAUUUAAUAAUACCACCUUAACAUUUGACAACUAAAUAAUUAUAUACUUAUUUAAUAAUAUCACCUUAACAUUUGACCACAAAACGAUUAUACACCUAUUUUAUAAUACCACCUUAACAUUUGACAACCAAACAAUUAUACUCUUAUUUAAUAAUACCACCUUAACAUUUGACAACAAAACAUUUAUACAAUUAUUUGAUAAUACCACCUUAACAUUUGACAUCAAAAAAAUUAUACAAAUAUUUAAUGAUACCACCUUAACAUUUGACAACCAAAAAAGUAUACACCUAUUUAUUCAUACCACCUUAACAUUUGACAACAAAACAAUUAUACAAUUAUUUAAUAAUACCACCUUAACAUUUGACAAUUAUACAAUUAUUUAAUAAUACAACCUUAACAUUUGACAACAAGACAAUUAUACAAUUUUUUAUUAAUACCACCUUAACAUUUGACAAUUAUACUAUUAUUUAAUAAUACAACCUUAACAUUUGACAACAAAACAAUUAUACAAAUAUUUGAUAAUACCACCUUAACCUUUGACAAGAAAACAAUGACACCAAGCGACUAGGUAAAGAAUCUGGAUAUUAUCUUCCACCCAACUCUCUGCCCUGUUGUGGGAUCCGAGCCAAGGAUGUGGUCGUGGCUUGUGCAGCCCUUUGAGACGAUUGUGAUGACGGGCUACAGAAGUCAACUUUGAUUGAUGUGCCGCCAAAGGAGUACCAAAUAAAAACAGUGCAUUACUA